UUCUGUUUGAAGAAACAAAAAAAAUGAGAUAUAUAUUUUGCUAAUUUCUUUGACAUUUUAUGCAUAAACUUGAAGCAAUUAUGGGUACAGUGGCGACUGCUGAUGAGGUGGUGAAGGAGGCUAGUGGCGGCGAAGAAAGAAUUUUGGUGUCGGUGCGUCUGAGGCCUUUGAAUGAUAAAGAAAUUUUAAGAAAUGAUGUUUCAGAUUGGGAGUGUAUUAAUGACACUACAAUUAUUUACAAAAAUGUUAAUCUUUCUGUGUCUGAACGCUCUAUGUAUCCCUCUGCUUAUACAUUUGACAGGGUAUUUAGGACUAAUUGCUCCACAAGACAGGUGUAUGAAGAAACUGCUAAAGAUGUUGCUCUUUCUGUCCUUAGUGGAUUCAAUUCAAGCGUAUUCGCGUAUGGCCAAACGAGCAGUGGAAAGACGUAUACUAUGACUGGUAUAACUGAAUAUGCUAUAGCUGAUAUAUAUGACUACAUUCAGAAGCACUCGGAGAGAGACUUUAUUUUGAAGUUCUCUGCUAUGGAAAUUUACAAUGAAUCUGUCCGAGAUCUCCUUAGUGCUGAUAGCACUCUUCUUAGACUUCUAGAUGACCCCGAGAGAGGGACAAUUGUUGAGAAACUCACAGAGGAAACAUUGAGGGAUUGGAACCAUGUCAUUCAGCUCCUUUCUAUUUGUGAAGCUCAGAGACAGAUAGGGGAGACUGCGCUCAAUGAGACCAGCUCCAGAUCUCACCAAAUUAUCAGACUGACAAUUGAAAGUUCUGCGCGGGAAUAUUUAGGCAGGGACAAUUCCAGUUCUCUUUCAGCUACUGUGAAUUUUGUUGAUUUAGCUGGAAGUGAGCGUGCAUCUCAGUCAUUGUCAGCUGGCACAAGGCUGAAAGAGGGCUGCCACAUAAAUCGCAGUUUGCUGACUUUGGGCACUGUUAUACGCAAGCUAAGCAAGGGUAGGAAUGGUCACAUUCCAUUCCGAGAUUCAAAGUUAACUAGGAUACUACAACCGUCAUUGGGUGGCAAUGGUAGAACUGCCAUCAUCUGUACAAUGAGCCCUGCACGAAGUCAUGUUGAGCAAUCAAGGAAUACUCUUCUGUUUGCAAGUUGUGCCAAGGAAGUAACUACUACUGCCCAAGUGAAUGUAGUCGUCUCAGAUAAAGUUUUAGUGAAGCAUUUGCAGAGGGAGUUGACGAGAUUGGAGAACGAGUUAAGGAGUCCUAGAACUUCUCUAUUCCCUUCAGAUUAUGAAGCAUUGCUGCGAGAGAAGAACAAACAAAUAGAACAGAUGGACAAGGAGAUAAAGGACUUGACCAUGCAGCGUGACAUAGCUCAGACUCAAGUUAGAGAUAUGCGACAACUGCUUGGAGAUGAUGCAGGUUUAUUAAUGCAGGUUGGUUUAGGAAACUACCCAAAUCUGCGUGUGCAGAGAUCACCAGAUUAUCGAAGCCCAAUGCAAGUGUCCAUUUUGUCAUACACUCCAUCUAUAGAUGCUGAUAUUAGAACAUGUUCAGAUGGACAUAGCAGGAGUAGUUCCGAGGAACAAAUUAUACGCGUACCAGAGUUUGAAGAGAACUUUCUCCAUAACAGUUCAUCUCCAAGGUUAUUAGCUGGCCACAGUUCAAAUUAUAGUGAAAGUGAUUCAUGUGAAGGAUGGGAUGAGAUUGAAAAACAAAGUAAUGGAACUAAUUCAGAAGACCUAUACAAGGAAGUUCAUUGCAUUGAAACCAAGGAAUCAAGUACGAAGGUAAAACAAGAAUCCAAAUUUCCAUCUCCUGAAGAUAGAAGUAAAUCUCCAGCUGAAAUGACAGCAGAAAAUGAAAACAAAGCAGAUAAGGGAACAGUGUCACCUCCAGCAGACGACUAUGCACGAUCAGCACCACCUUUACUCAAGGAAAAUAGAGAAGUCACAUUGUUGCCCUGUAAAGAAGACAAAGAAUUUGUGCCCUUCUCAUCUUUUAAGGAAGAAAAGAAAGCUAGUGAAGAACCAUUGUCACUUCCCUCAAAGGAUUCUCAAACCCUUGAAUCACCAAAGUUCGCAGACAGUAGAGAGUCAGUAACAUUGCCGUUGAAAGAAGAGAAAGAGUUGAACUGUGUGCAUACAUUUGAGCCUCCUUCUCCAGCAAAUUUAUCCUCAACAUAUGAGCUCCUUGACGAUUCACCAGGCUCAAGCAUCUUGAAAUUAAGUAGAAGCAGAAGCUGUAAACCUAGCCUAAUGGAUGAUCUAUAUUCUCCAUGUUUUAAGGAACUCAACAAAAAUGAAAAUACUCCACCAUCUAGGCCAGAAAGAAAUGUCAACGCAACACCUGAGUGUUGGGAAAUCAAAAUCUCUCCCCCGAACUUUACCUCCGAUGUGAAGGACUCUCAAGAGAAAACUUCCACCUUUUAUGGCGAGACUGAUGUCAAUGAAGUGUCAAAAGGGGAAGAUACCGAUAAUGAGAGUGUCAAUGAUGUAGAUGAUGCAAGGACGGACGAUACAGAUGAGCUUCAAUAUGAAAAGGAGGUCAAAGAAUGUCCUGAGGCUGAACUAGAGCAUGAUAGACCAUCAAAGUGUGUCAAAGAUGUCGGCUUGGACCCAAUUGAAGAUGAUCUGAAAAGUCUUCGCAGCUGGCCCUCGGAGUUCAAGAUGCUACAGAAAGAGAUUAUUGAACUUUGGAAUGCUUGCAACAUUUCCCUUGUGCACAGAACAUAUUUCUUCCUUCUAUUUCAAGGUGAUGCUAAGGAUGCAGUAUAUCUGGAGGUAGAGAUCAGAAGACUGACCUUCCUCAACAACACAUAUUCGCAUGGAGAGAAAACAGAGGUCAAUGGCAGGACUUUGUCCCUUGCACAAAGCAUGAAAGACCUUCGUCAAGAGAGACGAAUGCUGCGCAAGCAAAUGCUGAGGAAGCUAACAGAAGAAGAACGAGAAAGCCUGUACCUUAAGUGGGGCAUUCGGAUUAACAGCAAACAUAGGAGGUUCCAGUUGGUUCAGCGUUUGUGGAACAAGACAGAUGAUAUGAACCACAUUGCAGAUAGUGCUUACCUGGUAGCAAAACUAACCGGAUUGAUGAAGCCAGGACAAGCUCCUAAAGAGAUGUUUGGUCUUGAUUUUUCACCUAGACCAUCUAGAACUUAUAGCUUCACGCGUAGUUUGAUAUCUUCAAUCUUGUAAAAAUGUCAGGUCCAAUAUUUGAGUUGGGAACACUCGUUGAUGGCUGGCUUCGAGCUCCAUUACUCAUAGUGUUCUGAUUUUUAACUGUUAGUGAGUUUGAGUAUUUCGUAGUUUGUUUGUUCUCUUGGGUGUUGAUCCCCGGAGAGAUUCUGAUUGUAAUUGCGAAUGUAGAUUUGUACAGGAGUGCUAAUUUGAUCUACUGAACAUAAAGAGAGUGUAAAAUACCUACGUUAUAUAUAGAUUGGUUGUUGAUUA